CUUUGCUGGGAAUCCCACUGGACUGACACGGCUCCAGGCUUUCCUUCCUCCCACAUUGACUGUCACGGUAGAAGAAAUCUGGGUUGCAACAGACACCAGAGACCGUGGGUUCCUCUGAAACUUCUGCAGAUUUCUGUGAACUGGACCACUCAUACCCACUUCAGAUACUAUUAAAUCAGUGGGAAACUUUUUCACUGGAAUAAGAGAGCCCCAGAGGCCAAGCUUGGGAUAGAAGUCAUGGCUGGAUCUGAAAACCCAUCUGUAAAGUGUGCAGGUACGCAGGAUUGUAGCAAGCCCAGCCGUCAGGCAGCACAUUCUGGAAUAGCUACAGCCUUUCCAUGCUGCUUUUGAGGAGCACCAAAUAUUCUAGAAGCUGGAAACAAAAUCUUACACCAAUUAAUACGUUGCUGGGAAGAGCUCCAGUUUCACUGUAGAGACACCUUUUGAAGGCAGAAGCAGUGGGAUGGAUUUGCCCUGAAUGCCAGGGAAAAAACAAUCCUUCUACUGGGAGUGAAAUCUACAUCCAAAAUGCACGUUCAAAGCAGCAGUUGUGUGGAUAGGGAAAACAGGAUGUGAUCUCACAUUAUUCCUGAGGCUGCUGGGUAUUUUGUCUGCAGCUGGAGUCUUCACUGUUCUUCCUGCAGUCCUCUUCCGCUUCAUCAACAAGAAGGUCUGCUUUGAAAAGAGAGGUGGACUUCCAUACCUGGAACGACAAGGAAGAAGAAAACACUACAAAGAAAAGUCCAGAGUUCAUGAGGACCUUGCUCCCUGAACUGUAAGUGACAUGCUGGCAAAACUGAACAACUGAUCACCAGAUACUGGCAUAGUGUCAAACAUGGCUUCUGAGGCUGCUCAGAAUUUCCUUCAGCCACUGUCGUCUUGGAUGUCUCAAAUAUAUGAAGCUAUCCAACAAGCAGGAGACUCUAUAUCGGCUUCACUGCUGAAUUUGAGUGGAGCAAGUCGUAAGACAGAAGAAGAGAGGAACCGGGACUUGGAGAAUAAUGGAGGGGUUUAUGAGGAUUAUUCUGAGGAAUCGGACGAUGAACAACACCUGGACCUCUGGGAUGAGGAAUACUUAUAUCCUAGAGAAGAUGGCCAUGUUGGUGGUCCUGAUCUUGCUUCACAAGACCUCCCAUGUGGCUCUGACGAUGGCCCACAGAGGCAAAAACGGGUUAAAAAUACUAGCAGUGUACCAGAGCAGUGCGUUGAAAGCGUCGUGUCUUUGACAGCCAAUGGAUCCUACUGGAUGCGUGAAGAUCUCCAGCUGCCUGAUCGCCUUCCUACCAUCACUGAAGAAGAAGGUGAGCUCUCUGUGAGGAUGGGACAUCACAAGCACAACCUCAGCUUGGGUGGCUCCUUAACAAGUAAUAAUGGCAAGGCAGGUUUUGCAGAUCUGGAUGGACUAAGCCAACUGAGCUACCAAGACAACCUAUCCUAUCGUGAAGAUGACCACGUAUCUGUUGAUUCAAGAACAACUGAGAGCGGGGGCACUAGGCUGGAGUCCAGCGUUGGUGAUGGUGUUAGCCAGCAAGGCGUGGAAGGACGUUUGGAAAUGGAGGCAGCAUUCACCAACCAGGGAUUUGAAGUCAACGAUGCUACUGACAGCUCAUCGCCUUGGAGCCCUGAGGAACAUAAUGAAGUGAACAGUGCACCAGCUCAUCACGGUGCUCAUGAGCCCAUCUGUAAAUGUGGUGACCUAGAUGUCAUCUUCAACUAUAAAGCCUCAAGUCAAAAGCUACUAGUUACUGUCCUGGAGGCCAGGGAUAUCCCGGACAAAGACCGCAGUGGUGUGAACACCUGGCAAGUGCACACAGUCCUGAUGCCUAGCAAGAAACAGAGGGGUAAGACAAGUGUUCAGAGAGGACCCAUCCCUGUGUUCAAGGAUAAAAUUACCUUCAGUAAGCUGGAGCCAGAGGAGUUAAGCAGCCAUGCCGUUCGUUUCCGCCUCUACGCAGUACACAAGAUGUUUGGAGAGAAGAUGAUGGGAGAGCAGUUGUUUUACCUGAGCAACAUCGGCCGGGAAGGGGAAGUGAAGGUGACAUUGGUCUUGGAGCCAAGGAGUAACUUGAGUAGUGCAGACUCUCAGCUUAGUCUGUCAGCAAUCUCUCACAGUGAUAGCGCUUCUUCAACACAGUCCCUGUCGCAUGGAGGGUUGCCAGAGCUGCUUGUGGGAUUGUCAUACAAUGCCACUACGGGGCGGCUGUCAGUGGAGAUGAUCAAAGGCAGUCAUUUCCGAAACCUCGCAAUUAAUAGGCCACCUGACACCUACGGAAAGCUCUGCCUGCGCAACUCUGUGGGUCAGGAGAUGUCUCGCUGCAAGACUUCCAUCCGUCGAGGGCAGCCCAACCCUGUCUACAAGGAAACUUUCAUCUUCCAGGUCGCCCUCUUCCAGCUCUCUGAUGUCACCCUAAUGAUCUCCGUGUACAACAGGCGCAGCAUGAAGCGCAAAGAGAUGAUCGGUUGGAUUUCUAUGGGUCAGAACAGCAGCGGGGAGGAAGAGCAAAGUCAUUGGCAGGAAAUGAAGGAAUCGAAGGGGACACAGGUCUGCAGGUGGCACACGCUACUGGAGUCCUAGUGGUUACCAGGGCAGCCUGCGGGUCCUGGGACUAUGGGCUGUCUUCCCUUGCUCUCAGUCAGCAGAGAAGAGCUAUCCCAUGGCAAUCACUGUGCUCCGACAGGUCACAUACACUUUAACCUGAGUUUUCCAUGUCAGCAGUCAUGAGUAUUAAAGGGGUGGCAACGCCUAGGAAGCAAGUUUAGUUCUUGUCUUUCCAGGUUGUCCUGCAUUUUCUACAUCCAAAUAAUUAACCCUGGGAAGAAGCAAUGGGAAUACCUACAAAAUUCUUUCCUUGGUCAUUGUCUUAAUAUUUUUAUCAUAGGCUUAAUCGUCACAGACUGACUUCGAUGUUGUUUUCUUCUGGGCUAAACUCUCUCUUCUGUUUCUGCCCUUAUUUAUAUUAAUGAAGUUUGCAAAUACUCUUGACACGCAGAUAGCUCACAGAAAGGCUGACCUGCAGGCAGAUCACAUUCUCUCCCUUUUUUUGUUACCAUGUUUCUAAGUCCUAGAAAUAAUCAUUUUAUACCACUGUAGACUGGAUGAUAUAUUUUUCAGGCAGCAUGGGAAAGCACUCUUGAAUUCUCUGUCAACUUUUAAGUGCCUAGACGUUACUACUGUUCUCCUGUACUAGCAACUGAUAUUAGGACUAAACACUACCAGUAUUUUUAAUUAGGCAUCUUGUGCACUUGUUAGCCUGCAUUGCCAUAGGUUUGCACGAGAGAGAACUAGCGUCAGUUUUAUAUUGCAAUUAUACAAUGCAUGUUUAGAUGCUUACUUGAAGUUCAUGGCUUCUGUCAUCACAAAUACCAAAAAAGACCAGAAAAAGCUGCACAUCCACCUUUGUGCCUGAAUCACUCUUUUCUGCAUCACUGUUUUGCCCAUGUGUUACUUACGUGGUACGUUGUUUUUUAAAAGUGAGGUUUAUUCAGAAAAGCAUUUCUGUGAGCAUCACACGGGAAGGCUUUAGACCAUGCUUUCUCUGUGAUGCAGUUAAGCACAAUUCAGUUUGCUGAGGGCUCUUCUUCAAGUGUGCUAUCUUGUAAUAUCUCCUCGGGAUCUGCAAGGGGACUGUUCUUGGCACGCUGAGCAGUAGAGGAUGUCAGGCCAUGUCACCUCAUCGUUGAGGUGAGCUCUCCUGCAGGCAAGGAACAGGAUCCAGAGGACCCCCUGGAGGGUCUGCUGGCUCUGCUGAACUAACACCAGAGAAAAGUAUUAUGCUUCCUGACUCUAACUGAAAACAGUGCAAGGAGCAGGCUUGCUGGAUGAGGUGAUGACACUUUUAUGUAGGUACUUUUCAGACUGUGUUGUCAUCUUCCACUUUAAUCUUUUUUCCUGUCUCUGUGAGUUAAAGUCAUGGAGAUGAUGGAUAAGGGGCCAUGUCUUAGUCUGCUACUUGGCUAUUGAAAGUUUAGCAGUUGUUAGCUGUUGAGGUGCUCCGUGUGACAGCAGAGGAUGUUUGUCCUCCAAUGUAAUGAUGGUAUGUAGGCAGUAAGGUGCUGAGAUCUUCAAAUACUGUCAGCUGCCCAAUCUCCCAUUCUCUGCACUCUCUAGGAGAGGACUGGCAUUUCUCUGCUCCUGCUGAUGGUAGCAAGGAACAGGAAAUAUUUUGCUGAAAAGGUUUGUCUGUACUGAAUCACUUCAUGUUUUGUUUUUGUCAUUUACUGAGCCCUGGCACCAAAUUCUGCCUCCUACUGCACCACAGCUAGCUGUCUCCUUCCCUUCAAUGGUGCUCUGCAAAUCUAACUAGUGCAGAUUGUGGCACUGGCUGUUUGACCAAAUUUGAGCCUUGGUGCUGGUUUGCAUCACAGCCAGGCUAACCAGACCCUGUGGGCAGUGGUGUGAUACAGGUUAUCAGUUGGUGUCAUACACACAGGCUUUGUCUGUCCUCCUGAGGCAGACAGAAUAAUCUGCAUGUAGAAGGACUUCUGAUACAGGCGAUACGAGUUAUUCCACAGCCGAUGUUUUUAUAUAUUCUUAUCACUUACCUGUCUGAGCGUCAUUUUUCUGGUGAGACUGGUGGGUAUCCUAUGCAGGAGGGUUGUCCUCCACUGCCUAGAUUAAAAUCUGCUUUGCACUGCUGGGGCUUCGUACCAUAAAGCAGGAUCUAACCCAAAUACAGCUCAGCAAACAAGUAUGUUUUUGACGGCACUGUUCAUGCUGCUGUAUUACCAAUGCAAGAGAAAAUGAGCAUGAGUGAUAAACAGCAGAAUAGAAGUGGGUUUUUAUCACGUACUUUUCUUCUGGGGGAAAAAAAGCAGGGGAAGCAGCCCAACUCAAAAGGUGCAUUUGCUGAUUUCAGUUGGUUUCCAGUCUCUGCAUCUUUUUUCCUGAACUGCGUAAGAUGUAUAUACAAGUGUUUAUAAGUAAUUUUAUUAUCUGGGAUGUGUACGUGUAAUAAACUUACUGUGAUUCUCUUUGUAACUUCUUGAACCUGCCAAGUGUUUCGUGUGCUUCACCAUUAGCUAAGGGAAAAAUGUAGAUUAAUAAUAUGUUUCAGCAGUGAACUGGAGAUAAACCAGUUUUGUAACAGUGUGAUUAAAAAAAAAAUCUUGGAAAAGAUAAUUUGAGAAAACAAUAAAGCAAUCUAGUUUUGGACUUCUUGCCAUUUUCACAUCAAGAUCUUUUCUGAAGAUACUGCAUUAAGGGAAUUGAAUUUUAAUAUAUAAUUUCAGUGUAGAGUGUUGGGAGUCAGAGGAAAGCAAGAGAAGAUAGCUCAGAGUAAGUUAAUAUCUGAGCACGUUAGAAUUUUGCUCUCCGAUGGAAGCAGGUUGCUGCAUCCUUGCAACAGUGUUUUGGCCUUAUAUUUUACCAGAAAAAAAUUGGAGGGAAGGGAAAAUGGAUGAGCCAAGGGGAGCACUGGGGUUUUGGAGCUGCUGCUAAACCUGCUGGUGCAUCUAUGCCUUGAUCAAUGUGUUUGUGGGGUUCAUUAAGUUCCUACUGAAGCAAUGGAGAGAUUUAGGAAUCUUGGGACAAACACCGUGCUGGGGGUGCUCAUGCUUGCUAGCUGUAUUUUGGGAUUUUUGUUGCUUUUGUGGUUUAUUUUACUUUUAAGUAUUGACUGCCUAUGAAAUGAAGGCUUUGUGGCAGCUUCCCCAUGUUCCAGAGCUCCCGUAGUUUUUCCCAUUGACAGAUUGAAUUAGUCAUUGCUAAUAUUGAUACAGGCUGCGCUUGUGCUUAUGGUCUUUCUCUUGUAAAUACCGCUGCCCUUUCAGUCACUGCUUUAACCCCUUGUUUCCUUUGAUUGUGGCUGACAAGGCUGAAUUUCCAGCAAGAUUUCUAUUCCUUGAGAAUCCUGACUUGCACAUGGCUUGCAGUUGGCGAUGGUCAGUAGUCUCAGGUCCCUGUGUUCCCUUGGCCUCCAUCCACGUGGGUGCCAAUGCUGAUGCCUGAUCUCUGCUUCUGUGGGGCUCCAAGUGGGGAAAAGAGCUGUGGGAGGCCCAUGGGGAGUUCAGCAAGCAGGAAAGGAACGGCUGACCUGCUCCUGGAAAUGCUGGAGUGCUUGCAAGUCCAGAUUAUGGAGUUUCCCAGUGAGCUCAUUUUCUAAAAUAAUUCAUCCCCUUUUGACACCACUAUCUGGAAUACCCUUAUAGCUUAUUUGCAUUUUCUUCUCUUGAGGGGGGGGGUUGAAGCCUGAAAACCCACAAAACCAUUGUGUGGGAAGCAACUAACUGCACUGGCAUAAGCCCAGAAUACUGUGGGCAACUGCUCUGGAUACAUAUCUCGAAAAGCAUCGUUCAGCUCAUUGCAGUCUGUUCCUUCCUUGGUCUGUCUCCAGCCAGCACGCCCCUGUCCUGCUAGGCUUUCUGCUGUUAAUUUAUUUUUUUGGGUUUUAGUGUGUAUCGACAACAGAACAGAAUGAUCUCACCCUGUUUAUAUUCCCUGUAAUAAUGGUGACUUUCGACCGUUGCCCACAGCAAUGAGUACCUCUUCUAGCCCACUGAGCUACAGCUAUAGGUUACUGAAGUGUCCGUUUGUAAAGGCUUUAUCUGGAUGGUCUGCUAUGUCAUUUGAUGUGUUUGGGUUUCCAUUUUACCAGCGUCUUUAAUUACCUGGAUCCUGCUGUGGCCCGCUUGCUCCUGGCACUCUGGCUUGUCUGCGUUUCCCUUGCGGAGUGACAUGGGUUGUGCAGCUCCUGGGGCGCAUGGACAAUACUUAGAUAUAUUUUUAGCAGCUGCAGAUCCUGAGAAGUUAUUUGGUGCUUUACAUAGUCGACUGAUCUUCAGUCAUGAAUGUCUUUAGAUGUUCUUGGACGCACAGAACCAAAGGCCGCCAGCUGCUAUUGAUCAUUUCUCCAGCAUAAAGCCUAAGGUGGCAGCUUGGCAGAGGACAGGCGUUUCCUCUGCUGGCAGUUAAUUUUCUCCUUCAGCUGAAGCUGGCGAUGACCUUGGAGCUAGCGUGCCUGCAGAGCUUUUUUUGCGCUCCCAUAUUUAUCAUCAUCUUUAAUCUGUAUGAUCAAAGCACUUCAUCUCUCUGCCUCUCAGCUGCCUUCUGCCCUUCAGCACGAAAGGUGGACGGAAAGGCUGAGCAAAGAGUAUGGCCUCCCUAUUGCAUUAUCCCGGGGCUCAAGGGGAGCUGACUCCUGGGGGGGUUAUCUUAAAGUUAUGAUGCUCAUGAUCAAGACCUUGCCUCCCUGCUCUCUUACUUACGGAGUUUGAAACUUGUUGGUUGGGCUGUGAUACUUUUAUAGUUACAAAGUAGUGACACCCAUUCCCCUCAAUGUGGACCGAGUUAAUGGCAGAGGAAACAACCUCUUCCGUGUGUGCUUUCUUCUUUUUUUUUUUUUUUUUUUUUUUUUUUUGUAGGUAUCAUUCUGUAAAAGGACAACAGAGUCUGAAGGAAUUAGUAUGCAGGAGCAUCGACUUUCCAUUUAAAAUGUACUAAGUGUGAUGUUUGCAACUAUUGUUUGAGGGGGGGAAAAAAGGCAGCCAGGGUUUGCAGAAGAGCUCAUGCUUUGAAUGAGGCAGGUUUUUCCCUUCAGCGUGCACUACCCCAGCAGAUACAUUCUCAUACCUCAGGCAGUGAUGCUGGCUCCCAGCUGAUCUGCUUUUGUGAUAAAAGCAGACAGAAACUGACAGAUCCUAAAGCUUGGAAAGACAUACAGGAUAAAUCAGCAUAGCUGGUUUGGGUGUUUAUUUGGAAUCUGGUGCAGAUUUAACGAGUUGUCAUGCAAGAAAUGAGAAGCCCAAGCAGUGGGCAGGAAGGUGGUGGGGAGGGAAGGCUCUUGCUGCGCUUGUGCUGCCAUAGAGCUGGGAGUUUGCUCACUCUGUGCUCCAGAAAGCAGCGCAGUCAGGCUGCAGUGGCAUCAAGCCUGAGCUGAAACCCAGUUUCUCUGCAUGAUUCCUUAGCUCCAGAUCUGCUGAAGGCAUACAGCUUCCACACACCACACCAUCCCCCCCCCUUUUUUUUUAUCCCCAGUGCAGAGUGAGCUUGUGUCUUCCUGCAGCCUACGCUGUAGGCCUUAAGAAAUGAAUGUGUAAAUAUUUUGUCUCUCACAGCAGCCCAAGGUCAUCUUUCUGGAACAGCAAACAGGCACAGAAUCCAAAGAAGAUCAGUCUGUCAUAUGAGUAAGGUUAGCAUCUGCACUUACAAAUGACAAAGGCUAUUAAUCCUCAUGCUGUAAUCCCCAAGCUGUUUGCCAGCUGGCAGCAGGAAGAUGUUCCCGCUCAACCCACACAGCUAUCCAUGUUUUUUCACCUUUAUGAAGCAGAUAUAGGUCAAUACUGUAGCCUGGAUAAAGAACUUGGUAGAUACCAUUCAUCUCUUCUAGCGUUACAAUCCGUCUCUUCUCCACACAAGCCAUCUGUACAAACGAAGGUGUAAGAGGGGAGCUGCAGGCUGGGCUCUCCCUGUGCUGCUCCCCCAAAAUAGAAGACUGAAGGUGAGACUUUUUUCCCCCCCUCUGCUCCUGAAUUUGUCAUGGGAGGAUGAAUUUUGCGAUCUUACUGCAGAGCUGAACAGCCUGAGCAAAGCUCUGUCACUCGACAGGUCUUCAUACGAGAGCAGGAAAAAAGCAGCGCUUGUCAAAGGCAGAUGGAAGUCCAACACUGAGACUUUUUUGAUCCUGAUUUGGGAACCUGCAUGAGAUUUGGGUACUGCCCAUCACAGGGACAUAAGAACCUGAAUCCCAUGAGGUACCACUGAUGAAGCAGAAGGAAAUCUGCUGCAUGGCAGCAGUGCAGGUAGGGUGUGGUAGUUUGUAGGAUCUUGCACAACAGAAAACUGUACCAUCACCAUGUUGCAUCUAGUGAGCAUUAGGCAGCUGAGGUUGGAAAAAGUUGGAGACCCAAAAGGCAGGUGGGAGCUGUGAAGCUCCACUCAGACCUAUUAGUGGCUCAUCUUUCUAGAAAAUCAGAGAGAAAAUUAUUGAAUUUUACUUAACAGAAGUGGUUUAACAGAAAUCACAGCUCCUUGACCAGCUGCAGGCACAAGGAAGUGAGGGCAUUAUCCCUGGCGCCUGCGUUUCCUCCCAGCUGUAGCGGGUGACCAUGGAAUAGAUACCACUCUGGAGGUGUCUGGCCCCUGUAACGUCAUACCCAGCAUGGGCCGAUCUCGUUGAGUAACGAGACAAAAAGCUGAUCUUGGUCAUGGGUGAAGAAUGGGAAGGAUUCAGGAUACAGACAAAAGCUAAAUUCUUUCCUGAGUCCCACAACCGUUAAUUAGCCUUGACCUCCAGGGAAGGCAUUUUAUUGUACCAAAUACUUCACUCUCUCUUCAUCUCUCUGACUUAAGAGAACAUUGCAAAUGUCUGUCUUCAUUAGCAGCUGAGAAAAAUCAUAGAAUUUUGCCAGCUUUCCUCAUCCCUGUUGUGUCUUGUUAACACUUUCCAGGUGCUUUUCCUUCACGCUGUCUCCACCAUCACAUCUUCCAUCUUCUCAUUAAUAUCUGUAGAGGUCUGCUGCAAGGCAGGUCUGUGCCUGGUAGCAAUAUCUUAUGUUCAUGGUGCUCAGGAUAAAACCUAUCCUCCACUUUCUUGCUGUCACUACGUGGCACCUCAAGCACAAUUUUUCCAAUUAAAUUGGUACCACAUCUCUCCCGUAGUCCUCUGCUGGUAUUGCUGUGGGUUUUGCCUCGCUGGGCUGUAUCCUCCACUGUAACUUCAGUGACUUUUUCCUAGUAGCAUUUUGUUUGUCAAGAAGAGUAAAUGAAGUAAUCAUUUGGUAGACUUAGCAUUUAAAUACUGUGUGGCAUUUAUAUGUGUAUAUAUAAAAAUGUUUUUUAUGGUAGAGUGCCCCAAGGCAUUUGCAUGAAGCACAUCUCAAUGUAUAUUUGGCUGUUGAUUUAAAUAUACCAUAUAUAAUGUUAUUUUUCGUACGUAUUGGCUUCUUUCAAUAUUGGAACAAUAUACCAUUUCUGGCAGGUACAGGUUUUUGUUGUCUCACUGUUGCAGCCACAGCUGGACACUGGCGAUGCAGUGGCUGAGGUGUGUGUCCAUCUCCUCUCCCCUUUGCGCAUGCCGUGACCUGGUAGGCUUUCCCCUCCCCCAGCUUUGCAGGUGGACAGGCAUUGCUGCCAGGGCACAUUGCAGUGGGACAGCAUUGUAAGACCACGUACUGCAUCUCCCUCCUGGCAUUUAGCAGAAUAAUUUGCCUCUAAGGUUUCCCCCUUCAUUGCUGCCGUAUUCUCAGCCAGGACUGUGGGCAGGUAGUGAGCCGGUUGGUGUUCCGAGUAACUCAGCCCUGUGGCUGAGGGGGCAUCAAAAGUGUUAGAGAUCUCCACUCUCCCAGCCUGAGGUGUACAAGCACAACAUUUAUCUAACAGUUGAUCACUUUAAUAACAAUGCAGAAAAAUUAAUAAGAAUGCCAGGUCCCUAACUUCUGUCGGUGCAAAAGCAGGGCUUCUAGAGCUUGAAUUUAUUGCUGAAUUAUUUUUAUGAUAAAUACAUCUAUACAAGAAGAAUUGUUCAUACUGUGGAGGUUAUAGGAAACAAAUUCAUAUCUCCUUUUCACUUUUGUAAAGUUCAAAGAUUUGCACUGAAAAUUAUACCUUCAAUCUAGUUAAUAAAUGGCUGGUAUUGACUGGUGAGGCCACUGGAAUGGUAUGAGCAUCAUUUCACUUGCUCUGUGUGUGACUGAAAGAGAUGUCUGAAGUGCAAAACUGUGAUGAAAAAGAUGAAAAAUACGAUGAAAAGAUGUUUGGAUAUUCAACAGGAAGAGUGGUACGGGUUUAUUCUUAGCUUUUCAUGUACUUGACAAUGAAACAUUUUUAUUCUACUUAAGUGCUAACGUGCAUGAUCAUACAAUAUAUUGCCUCUCACUAAUUAUAUGCUGCGUUAGGAAUACUAAUGUCUAGAUGAUAUCUGACUGGAAAAAAAGCAUUAAACCCAGCUUCUACAGAAUUCUGGGCUGAAAUUGCCCACACACACAUACAACCAUCCAAACCUUAGAAACAGUCUUGUUUUGUUAUGCUGAACGUUGUUGUUACAGGUUUUUAUCAAUAAAAUAGAAG